AGAAAUUGAAAGCAUAUAAUUUUGUGCUAAGAAAUGGCAGCCAUCAAUCUUUCUUCACUUCUUUUAGGGUUUUUAAUGCUGAUUCUUUUUAAUGGUAGUAAUGCAUUGAGUUCUAAUUACUACGAUCAAACAUGUCCCAUGGCUGAAGCAACUGUUACAAGUGCUGUCGAGAAAGCCAUGUUCAAUGAUAAAACAGUCCCUGCUGCACUUCUUAGAAUGCAAUUCCAUGAUUGCUUCAUUAGGGGAUGUGAUGGUUCAGUGUUGUUGAACUCAACAAGAAAGAAUAAAGCCGAAAAAGAUGGACCUCCAAACAUUUCGCUUCAUGCAUUCUAUGUUAUAGACAACGCCAAGAAAGCGUUAGAGGCUAUGUGUCCUGGUACAGUGUCGUGUGCUGAUAUCGUAGCUUUAGCAGCAAGAGAUGCAGUUCAUCUGUCUGGAGGUCCCAGUUGGGCAGUGCCAAAAGGGAGAAAAGAUGGCAGGAUUUCGAAAGCAUCCGAAACCAAACAAUUGCCCGCUCCCAUCUUUAAUAUAUCUCAGCUCCAACAAAGUUUUUCCCAAAGAGGUCUUUCCAUUAAUGAUUUGGUUGCACUUUCAGGAGGACAUACACUUGGAUUCGCUCAUUGCUCCUCAUUCCAAAACAGGAUUCACAACUUUGCCACUAAACAAGACAUUGAUCCAUCCAUGCACCAAUCGUUUGCAGCUAGCUUACAGAGCGUUUGUCCAAUGCAUAACAAGGUGAGAAAUGCGGGUGCGAAUUUGGAUUCAACCCCUACUAUUUUUGAUAACAGAUACUACAAGUUACUUCUUGAAGGGAAGAGCAUCUUCACUUCCGAUCAAGCCUUACUCACUAACCCAACGACUAAAACAUUGGUCAAUAAGUUUGCAAACUCGAGAGAUGAGUUUGAGAAAGCUUUUGUGGAAUCUAUGAUCAAGAUGAGCAACAUAGAUGGUGGUGGCCAGGAGGUUAGAUUGAAUUGUAGAGUGGUAAAUUAAUUUUGUUAUCAUGUUUUUUUUUUUUGCAAAUUUGUGACUCGUGAGCAUGAUCAUUCAGAUUCCAGUUUGGAAUCCUUGGUGUUGUAACUAGAUUUUUGUAAGGAUUCAACAAUAAAGGUUGUAAAUGUGUGGAAGCGUGCUUCAGUUGUUUUUUUCUUCUAA